GUCCCCCUGCGCGGCCCGUCGCCUGGCGCCGCGGCGGGAAAAUCCGACUGGACCAUUCCGGACCCCGCCUCUUUCUGCCUUCGCGCGCCCGUUCGGGGCGACUCGCUCUGAUGGAGGAGGAGGAGGCCGAGGAGCAGCAGCAAUUCUCUUACCGACAGAGGCUAAAGGCAGCAGUUCACUACACUGUUGGUUGUCUUUGUGAGGAAGUUGCAUCAGACAAAGAGAUGGAGUUCAGCAGACAAACCAUUGCUGCGAUUUCGGCAGUGACUUUUCGACAGUGCGAAAAUUUUGCCAAGGAUCUUGAAAUGUUUGCAAGACAUGCAAAAAGAAGCACAAUUAACACUGAAGAUGUGAAGCUCUUAGCCAGGAGGAGUAAUUCACUGUUAAAAUACAUCACUGAGAAAAAUGAAGAGAUAGCUCAAUUUAAUGUAGAACGAAAAGCAAAGAAGAAGAAGAAGUUAGAGAAUGAAAACAAAAAUUCAGUGGAGCCAGCAGAGGCUGGAGGAGUGGAAAGUGAGAAUUAAACUGUCCCACUGGGGAGAAGCAGCCGUCAGCAGGUGGAGCUGCCAUAAAUGUGUACGCCACACAGGGGAUUUGAGGGAAUAAGUGGAGAUUUAAAAAAAGGGGAUUUGAAGGAAUAAGUGGAGAUUAAAAAAAAAGGUGAGGAGGCAUUUUGUGCUGUUGUCCUAAGUUAUUGACUGCAAAGUUUACAAAGUUUUAAUUUAAAAGAGAACUGACUCCAUUUCCUGUGUUCUCAUGAACUGCCUCUUUCGCACUACAUGUUCCAGCUAGGGUGUAACUUACUCUGGAAUGUCCAAGGUAAUGUUGACUAUCUUUAUGAUUCCAUCUUUGGUGACAGAUGGCAGAGAGGGGUUCCAGAGGGGUUCUUUUUCGUGGGGUUGCUGGAAGCUCCGAGUCCUGGAGGCUUAUCUGACCUUUAACCUGUUAACCAUAUGCCAGAUGAUUAACCAUGUAAAGAAAAGGAUGACUUUGAAGUAAAUGUGUCCUGGUAACACA